AUGGAGGGACAUGCUUUUCCCGACCAAGAGCAGCUGUUGCAGUUUCUGAGGAGGCUCAAAGAGGUGUUCGACGUGUGUGACGAGGAUGCCGACGGUUUCAUCCGGGUGGAGCACUUGGUGGACCUCGGUCUUCAAUUCGGUCAAGGAGACGAGGUGAAGGCGUUGACCAGGUACCUGGAUCCUAACGCUCAUGGGAAAAUCAAUUUCAAAGACUUUUGCCAUGGAGUGUUUGCUAUCAAAGGUUGUGAGGAGAUCCUGAAGAUGGCUGUGGGUCCUCGCAGUGCCACCUCCAACCAGCCGUCUGUUACUGACAAUGGUUACAUUUACCAGAACGGCGAGGCCAGGCUGAGCACUCCGAUUAUCAUGUGUACCCGCUCCUACCCAGAAUGCAAUGGUUACAGUGAGGGUUGUGGUGCUGAUGGGGAGUGUGACAUGGACAGCAGCGCUGAAAACGCCAACAGCUCGGACUCUUUGGACCCAGCACGGAAAGACAGGUCACUUAUUGGCUCAGCGUCUGCGUCCGUCAUCUCUGGGGAGGAGCAGUUUGAGGACUAUGGUGAGGGGGAGGACGUAGAUUUCAUUCCCAGCAGCCCUUGCCCUGAAGAUGACAACCGAACAAAUGGCUUCUCAGACCUGGGAUCCUCUCUUCCCUCGAGCGCGGGGCAGACUCCUCAGAAGAUGCGGCAGCUGUACAACAGUGAGCUGCUGGACAUCUACUGUUCUCAGUGCUGCAAGAAAGUGAAUCUGCUCAAUGACCUGGAGGCUCGGCUUCGAAACCUGAAGGCCAACAGCCCUAACAGAAAGAUCUCCAGCACAGCGUUUGGACGUCAGCUGUUCCAGGCCAACCACAACGUGUUUGGGUCCAGUCAGGGCAGCAGCACAGAGGAUCUGUUCACGGACAGCAUAGACUCCUGUGACCUCGACAUCACAGAGAAAGUCAGUUAUCUGGAGAAGAAGGUGACAGAGUUGGAAAGCGACAGUCUGGCCAACGGUGACAUCAAGUCUAAAUUCAAACAAGAAAACACACAACUAGUCCACAGGGUUCAUGAGCUGGAGGAGCAGGUGAAGGACGCAGAGACGAGAGCAGUCCAGAGUCUGGAGGAGGAGACCAAGAGGCACCGGGAAACUUAUACCAAGAUGGAGAGAGACAGAAACACAGAGAUGGACCUGCUGCGGAACAGGGUACACCAGUUAGAAGAAGAAAAUGGAGAGAUGAAGUUAAACGUGUGCAGACUGAAGUCUCAGACAGAGAAACUGGACCAGGAAAAGCAGAAGAUGACAGACAAGCUGGAGGACACAAGCCUGAGGCUGAAAGACGAGAUGGACCUCUACAGGAAGAUAAUGGACAAACUCUGGCAAAACCGCCAUGAGUUUCAGAAGGAGAAGGAGGCCAUGCAGGAGCUGAUUGAUGACCUGCGCCGGGAGCUGGAGUACCUGCAGCUGUUUAAGCUGGAGAUGGAGCAUCCUGGGAAGGGAAAGAGCCUGUCGGAGUAUAACGCCAAGACCAGGGAGAUUGAAAUGGAGCAUGAAGUCAAGAGACUGAAACAGGAGAACCAUAAGCUGCGGGAUCAGAACGACGACCUGAACGCUCAGAUUCUGAGUCUGAGUUUGUAUGAGGCUAAGAACCUGUUUGCCUGUCACACCAAGGCCCAGUGUCUGGCAGCCGAGAUCGACAACGCAUCCAGAGACGAGCUGGUGGAUGCUUUGAAGGAGCAGGAAGAGAUCAACCUACGUCUGAGGCAGUACAUGGACAAGAUCAUUCUGGCCAUUCUGGACCACAACCCCUCCAUUCUGGAGAUCAAGAGUUAA